CCACCCCACCCCAAACCAACAAACGCCGUGACAAACCGAUUCCACGCACAGCACGGAGGUGGGAGAGGACGACACCCCGUCCCCCCCGUGUCCAGCCACCACCACCGCGUCGUCGUCGUCGACCCAGCCAUCCAUCCCACCCACACGUCACCACCCGCGCAUCCUCCCCCCGUGCUGCGGCGGCGGCGGCGGCCGGCGGCCAUGGACAUGGACAGCGUGGAGUGCCUCUCCCUCCCGGACUCGUCCAUGGACGUGGACGACGUCGACGGCGGCGGCUCGGUGCACCACCACCACCACCACCACCACGCCCUCCCGCCUCACCUCCCCGCGGGGGUCGCCGUCGGGGUCGGCCCCGGGGGGCGCGCGUUCCCCAAGGCGAAUGUCGCUGGGGUUGGUGGUGGCGGCGCCGCCGGGGCCCCCGCGGCGGGGGGAGCGGUGGCCGGAGGUGGGGGCCCCGGCGGCGGGCCUCCCGCCACCAGCGUGCACGAGCUGCUCGAGUGCCCCGUCUGCACCAACUCCAUGUUCCCGCCCAUCCACCAGGAGGUACUCCAAAUUGGCCAAUCCUUGUGUCAUGAGAACUACUAGCAAGUGCCAAAAUGGACACACUUUAUGUUCAACAUGCAAGGCUAGAGUCCACAACCGGUGCCCUACCUGCAGACAAGAGCUCGGUGAUAUUAGGUGCUUGGCACUGGAGAAAGUAGCAGAGUCACUCGAGCUUCCUUGCAAGUAUUGUUCUUUAGGUUGCCCAGAAAUUUUUCCAUACUACAGCAAGAUAAAGCAUGAAGCACAGUGCAGCUUUAGGCCAUAUAACUGCCCUUAUGCUGGUUCUGAAUGUGCUGUGGCUGGUGAUAUUCCUUUCCUUGUUGCACAUUUGAGGGACGACCACAAAGUUGAUAUGCACAGUGGCUGCACAUUCAACCACAGAUAUGUCAAAUCUAAUCCACGCGAGGUUGAGAAUGCGACCUGGAUGCUAACAGUGUUCCAUUGUUUCGGGCAGUAUUUCUGCCUGCAUUUCGAGGCGUUCCAGCUUGGAAUGGCACCAGUUUAUAUGGCCUUCCUCCGUUUCAUGGGGGAUGAGAAUGAAGCGAGGAACUACACCUACAGCCUAGAGGUUGGUGGUAAUGGCAGGAAGAUGGUGUGGGAAGGCACCCCUAGGAGCAUCCGCGACAGCCACCGGAAGGUGCGGGACAGCCAUGACGGCCUCAUCAUCCAGAGGAACAUGGCACUCUUCUUCUCCGGCGGUGACAGGAAGGAGCUGAAGCUGAGGGUGACCGGCCGUAUCUGGAAAGAACAGACGAACCCGGAUGGGGCCUGCAUACCGAACCUUUGUAGCUGAUGAGCAAAGCGUACGACAGAUGAAACGAUUUGUUGCUAUUUGGCUGGCUUGUUAUUUUUAUCCAUUGCCAUGUCCUGUUUUCGAUAGUCCAGUGAUCGUGCCAGUGCUGUUGUAUGUUAAGAAGCAAAUUUUAGAGGUGUAAAACAUUACUGUAAAGUAAUAUUGUGUAUAUCGAAUUCAAGAAAAUCCCACAAGUUGGCCAAUAAACGUCUGUCAUCCA